AUGACUGGAGAUAUCUUCAUCGACAUCGUGGCACCCGUGAAGAAGCUUCCUAUGUGGGAUUCUGACGUAGAGGCAGAGAGCGUCAAGAUGCUCCCCGGGGGGAGCGCCUUGAACCAGGGGCGCCAUCUUCACGCUCUCGGAACUCGGGUGCGAUUUUUUGGGGCGGUCGGCGACGACACUCUCGGACGGUCGUUGGUGCAGCAAGUAGCUGGACAGGGCUUCCCCACAGAGACGAUGAAGAUGUUCAGCAACCUGCCAUCUUCGGUGUGUAUCGUCCUUUCUGGACCAUCUGAUCGUGCUUUCGUCUCAUGCUAUUCCACGACCGACGCAUUCACCGCACGAGACCUCCAGGAGCAGGCGGAUCGUUUAGACGGAUGCACUCACUUUCACCUCGGCGGCUACUUCAACAUGAAAGGUCUGCAGAGCCGAGAUUUCACGGAGUUCGUUCGCAGCCUGAAGAGUUCGAGCAUGACCAUCUCCAUGAACACACAGUGCGAUGCUGCAGGUCACUGGUGUGGGGAGGGCAACCAUUUGGAGGAAUUCCUACCGCAUGUGGACUUGCUCUUCGUGAACAUUUCGGAAGGCGAGCACCUGUGUUCUGCACUAUGUCACGAGGGAGACCGCUCUAUCAAUGCUUUGCCCCUCGCCCUGUGCAAAAGAUUUCCCAACACCACGGUUGUGGUCACUCAAGGAGAACAUGGUUGCACUGUCUAUCGGCAUGGCAUGCAGUCGAUCUACGUGCCUACAAAGCCAGCCGUUCGAAUCGUGGAUGCUACAGGUUGUGGAGAUGCCUUUAUAGCAGGCUUUUUGUCGUCGUGGUUGGCACAGGCGACGGCACCGAACACAGAUGCAGAGCGCAAGGCAUUGAUCGAAGCAUGUGGCAGAGGUCACGCUGUUGCCAGUGUGUGCCUGGCAAGAGAGGGAGCUUGCGUGGAGCCAGUUCGCCCUCGUGACUUGGAGUGA